AUGUCUCGUCGCCAUCUCCUCCAGCUCCUGCCUCGUCGUCGUCUCUUGUGCGUAUCAUCGCCUCCUCUACCGUCCUUAAAUACUGCUCGUUUCUAUCGUAUUUCAUCCAAUGAAAGCUCUUUAACGCAUUGUCGUUCGUCUUCCUCAAGUCGCAGUACGAAAUCUCUCAGUCAAUUGGUACAUGCGUUGCGUAUUUUCCAUACCUUGGAGCAACAUUUUGCUGUACCUUUUAAUUUUGUCGUACCUCGGAGUACUCUUUGGCCUCGAGAAUUGCAUCAUGUACGUUUGGGUAUGAAGGUACAUAGGUUUAUGCAAGUACAGAGGAAAGACGGCACAGCAUCGACGACGGCCUUGAAGACAAGGACACAUCAUUUUGAACAGUUACAAGAAUUACAAGCCAUGGGGUUUCCAUUCGACUCAUGGCAAGAGUAUCAAUUUCAAGAGGUUUGUCUUCCUGCUUUAAAGACGUAUAUGAAACAAUAUGGAGAUUUAUUUGUGCCACAGAAAUUUGUGGUACCAGAAGAAGAAGAAGAAGAAGAAGAAGAAGAAGAAGAAGAAGAAGGAGUUAUUUGGCCAAGAGCAACAAGGGGAUACAAAUUGGGACUUGUUGUCGCAAAACUACGAAAACAAAUGCAACAACAAAAACAGAGAGAACAACAACUGCUGAAGGACAUGAAGAAACAAAUGGCUACUUCAGCCGCUUUGCCACCUUUGCCGAAAAAUCAAGUGGAUGCAUUGAAUGAAUUGGGAUUUGUAUGGAGAGUACGAGAUACGAAAUGGUAUCAAUUUUUUCUUCCUGGUCUAAGACGAUACAGGGAAUUGAAUGGAAAUGCAGACGUACCAUUGGCAUUUACAGUCCCGUCCCAUCAAGAAGACCCAAGAUGGCCGAAAACACUGGAAGGAUACAUGUUAGGACGACAUGUGCACAUGGUGCGAUCGGGAAAGUAUGCGACGCAGGUUCGCGAUAGCAAAAAAGAGCUAGAAGAACUGGGAUUUUCGUUUCGACUUGUUGACAAAGCAUGGGUAGAAAGCAUUUUCCCUGCACUUGAGGUCUUUUCCACGCAAUACGGUCACUGCGAUGUGUGGCAAGAUUUUGUGGUGCCUUCGGAAGAGGCUUGGCCUACAGACUCGUGGGGAUUGAAGCUGGGAGACACAGUAAAGAACAUCCGACGCGGAGCAUAUGAUACUCAGGUGCAAGCGGCCCGUAAAGAGCUUGAUGCUUUAGGUUUUGUUUGGAAUGCGCGCCACCGCGUGGAAAAGUUUGUGCGUAGCGUGGUGAUUCCGGCACUGACGACGUACCAGAGACUGCACGGCAACGAUGCCCUCGUGACGACGGACUUUGUAGUACCUGAUCGCGACUCAAACUGGCCCGUACUCUCGCGCGGCUUUAAACUUGGUCAGUGGAUCACACGAGUACGCUCAGGUCAAGUUGCACUUUCGCCCAAACUGCGUUCGGAGCUGGAUAAGGUUGGCUUCGUAUGGCGUUCUUACGACCGGCGUUGGACCGAUAUCCUGCUGCCAGCGUUCCAAGCGUAUGCUGAGCUGCACGGUGGCACUUGUGCGUCGAUGAGCACGAAAUUUACUGUGCCACCUGAAGCGCCGUACCCACGCACAGCCUGGGGCGUGAAUCUAGGUGGCGCCCUGUGGCACAUUCGCAAUGGCGACUCGUACGUGAAUUGCGAAGACAAGCAGCGAGAACUGCGAGCGCUUGGGAUUCUGACCGACGAUGCCGUGGCGUAA